ACGCGCAUUGCGAAUAGUGACCAGAUUCGACUUUCCGCUUCCGUGUCCGACUUAAGAUCUGCGAGUCUUACAGUCCUUGUAACCACACACGCGAUCAAACACUUUUUGCAACAUGUCUGACUUCGGUGGAGACGAACCAGAGGUCAACGAGCCUGCCGAGGACUAUCUUGACGAGGAACCCGAAGAGCCCCAGGACUACUACGAAGAAGACGGCGAGGGAGAGCACGAGCUUGAGAGACUGCGCCAGCAGAAUGGCGACCAGAAUAUUGUCGUAGGCGGGGAUCAAAGUGCAGCCGCUACAGCCAGAACGAAGAACACCGUCUUAGAUUUAAGGAGCAAAAAGAUACCAAAUGAUAAACGGACAACGACCCCUUAUAUGACCAAGUACGAGAAAGCUCGAGUGCUCGGAACGCGUGCACUUCAGAUUAGUUUGAACGCACCUCCUAUGGUAGAUCUCGAGGGCGAGACGGAUCCCCUCCAGAUAGCGAUCAAGGAACUUAACGCGAAGAAGAUUCCGCUUGUCGUACGGCGAUACCUUCCAGAUGGCUGGUAUGAGGACUGGACAUGCGAAGAAUUAUUGUAGAUUGGCAAGCGGUCGGGUCACCUUCCUUUUCAGUUUGAGCAUUUUUCGGCGUUACAAACAAUCACUCAAAGCUGGAUUUCUACUCGGGCACAAGGUCAGCGACAUCUUGCUUCAUAUAGAUGGAUGAGCCUUCGAGUAGCAUAGGAGCUAUUCCACCAAAAGGCUUUCACAAUAGUGAAGAUAGAUAAAUCCCUAAUGGAGCAUCCUAUAAACAGUUCACUAGCCUCGGG